AUGACCUCCGUUACAGACGAGCAGAAGGCUGCAAUCAGAGCCAAGCUGGAAGCUCGGGAAGAGCACAUUCGUGAAUCAUGGGUCAAAGCGAUGGAAGCUCGCUUGGUGCGAGAUGAGCUCGAAAAGUGUCACAGAUCAGAGGGCGUCAACCAUUACGAGAACUGUAAAUGGCUCGCAGACAAGUACCUGGUUAUGCUGAAGGAGAACAAGGUGUUUUUAAUCCUUUAG